UAGAUGGCCAACGGUAACACAUGUCAAAAUAAAAUUCCCUAGAUCAAAUAAUCGCCAUUUUUCCUAAUCAUACGCAGUAAAUUUUUUGGUGUGGAACUUUCAACGUUUAAGGUGUUUAUUUGUUAGUUUUCUGAUCGACUUCAGUUCGUAAAAAAUGGCCCACCGCAAAAAGGUUCUAUUGAAAGUGAUAAUUUUGGGGGACUCUAGCGUUGGCAAAACGUCGUUGAUGAAUCAGUAUGUGAACAGGAAGUUCUCGAACCAAUACAAGGCAACAAUCGGUGCAGAUUUCUUGACAAAGGAAGUUACUGUCGACGAUAAAAAUGUCACAAUGCAAAUCUGGGAUACUGCUGGACAGGAACGGUUCCAAAGUUUGGGAGUUGCCUUUUACAGAGGAGCUGAUUGUUGCGUAUUAGUGUUCGAUGUGACAGCCCCAAACACGUUCAAAUCGUUGGACAGCUGGCGCGACGAGUUUUUAAUUCAGGCGUCGCCUCGCGAGCCCGAAAAUUUCCCGUUCGUUUUGCUAGGCAACAAGGUGGACCUAGAGCCGCGCGCAGUAUCCGCCAAGCGCGCGCAGCUGUGGUGCCAGUCGAAGAACAACAUCCCCUACUUUGAAACUUCGGCGAAAGAGGGCCUCAAUGUCGAGCAGGCCUUCCUGCAGAUCGCCAAAAACGCGUUGGCGCAGCAAAACAGCGCCGUUGAUUUGUACAACGAGUUCCCCGACCAGAUCAAGCUGACCAAUACGCAGAAGCCGAGUGGGGGCGGGGACUCGUGCGCGUGCUAGGAGAUGGUGGAGGGGGUGCAAUGCAAGGCUAAAACAUUUUUUUCGCGCCGUUAAUCAUAUCGAAUGUACAUAUUUUAUGGAAAUAAAUCCCAGCUUGCAAAUUAUUUUUUAAUUUCUUUCUCUGUAUGUUUAACGCUAUUUAUUAAACGAAACACAACAAAUUCAACUGUGGUUUUCAAGGAAUAAUAGAUUGUGAUAAUUUAAAUCUAAUUACUGGAUUUUUCUAUACCUAUACAUAAUACAAUUUAUGUUUCAAUUUGUUUAACCUCAACAUGCAAUAUUUU